AAUUCGACGGAAUAUCACCGGUUCGCUCGUUCGCUUGGCAGGGUAAUCGAACAAUGAAACGGCAAGUACUGCCGCUGCUGCCGCUGUUUAUCUUGGUUCUCUCUCUCAGCUCAGUGCUCGGGCAGGUCAGCUACUCCAUACCCGAGGAGAUGGCGAAAGGCUCAUUAGUAGGUAACGUGGCGCAAGAUUUGGGCUUGGACGUGCGACGCCUCAGAACGGGAAAAGCCCGUGUGUAUUCCGGCGAAAGCGCCGAGCACAUGGAACUCAGCAGAGACGGCGGGGCGCUGCUGGUGAAGGACCGGAUAGACAGGGAGGUGCUAUGCGGCGAGACGACGCCGUGCGCUCUGCAUCUUCAGAUCAUUCUGGAGAACCCGAUGGAGUUUUACAGCGUGACGGUGGAAAUAACAGACGUCAACGAUCACGCGCCGGCCUUUGAGAAGGGCGAAGUCGCCUUUAGCAUAAGCGAAUCGGCAGCCGUCGGGGCGAAAUUUGUCUUGGAAAGAGCCCUGGAUUUAGACGUCGGGUCCAACGGUCUUCAAAAUUACGUACUUAAACCAACCGAUCAUUUCGUACUUAAUGUCCAAAACCGAGAACAGGGGACGAACAAUGUCGAGAUGGUUUUAAAGAGACCUCUAGACAGAGAGAAGAAUGAGCACGUAUCUCUGCUUUUAACGGCUGUUGAUGGAGGAGAGCCGCAGAUGACCGGGACGAUGCAAAUCCUCAUAACGGUGUUAGAUGCCAACGAUAACGCCCCUGUGUUUACACGGGCCGUAUACAAAGGCACGGUGACGGAAAACGCCCCGAAGGGCACAGCUGUGGCGACUGUAAGCGCGUCGGAUGCAGAUCACGGCUCUAAUGGUAAAAUAACCUAUUCAAUUACCAACACCCUGGAUGACGUCAGAAGCGUGUUUGAGGUAAAUGGAGAGAGCGGGGAGGUUAGAUUGAUUGGCAGUGUCGAUUAUGAAAAGAAAAAGAGUUUCCAGAUCAAUUUACGUGCGAGCGACGAAGGUGGAUUCACAGACACCUGUAAACUGAUUGUAGAUGUAACUGAUAUCAAUGACAAUAACCCGGUUAUUAAGAUCAUGUCAAAAUCCACUGUGAUUUCGGAGGGUUCAAACCCACACACGGUCGUGACAAUGAUAAACAUUCAGGACCCAGACUCCGGGGGGAACGGUGUAGUACAGUGUUCCGUUAAUGAAAAUGUUCCCUUUAUACUAAAGUCGACAUCAAGUAAUUUCUAUAGCCUGGUGACAGACAGUGAUCUGGACCGAGAGAGAGCCUCCGAGUAUAAUAUCAGUAUCACGUGUUGUGAUGAGGGAGUGCCCUCUCUCUCCAGCAGCGUCACUCUCACCUUACACAUCUCAGAUGUGAAUGACAACGCGCCUGUCUUUGAGAGGAGCUCAUAUGAGGCCUACAUUGUAGAAAACAACACACCGGGUCUCUCCAUAUUCACAGUGAAAGCCACAGACGCUGACUGGAACCAGAACGCCCGUGUCACUUAUAUACUGGAGGACUCCUCGGUUAACGGAGUGCCCGUCUCCUCCUAUGUGUCCGUCAGUGCUGAUAGUGGAGUCAUCCAUGCAGUUCGCUCUUUUGACUACGAGCACAUCAAGGAUUUCCACUUGUGUGUUAAAGCGCAGGAUGGAGGCUCUCCUCCACUCAGUAGUAACGUGACUGUGAAAAUAAUGAUCCAGGACCAGAACGACAACGCCCCUCAGGUGCUGUACCCAGUCCAGACCAGCAGCUCUGUGGUGGCUGACAUGGUGCCUCGCUCAGCAGAUGUGGGCUAUCUGGUGACUAAAGUGGUGGCUGUUGAUGUGGACUCUGGACAGAAUGCCUGGCUCUCCUAUAAGCUGCAGAAAGCCACAGACAGGGCGCUGUUUGAAGUGGGCUUACAGAAUGGGGAAAUAAGGACUAUCCGCCAAGUCACUGAUAAAGAUGCUGUGAAACAAAGGCUGACUGUUGUAGUGGAGGACAACGGGCAGCCCUCUCGUUCAGCUACAGUCAAUGUUAACGUGGCGGUGGCGGACAGCUUCCCUGAAGUGCUCUCGGAGUUCACUGACUUUACGCACGACAAGGAGUACAAUGACAACCUGACUUUUUACUUAGUCUUGGCUUUGGCUGUAGUGUCCUUUCUCUUCAUCACCUGCUUAGUGGUCAUCAUAUCAGUGAAAAUAUACAGAUGGAGGCAGUCUCGCAUCCUCUAUCAUUCCAGUCUGCCGGUGAUUCCCUAUUAUCCACCACGUUACUCAGACACUUUGGGGACAGGGACUCUCCAGCACGUGUACAAUUACGAGGUGUGCAGGACGACUGACUCCAGAAAGAGUGACUGUAAGUUCGGCAGAGCCGGUAGUCAGAACGUGCUGAUAAUGGACCCCAGUUGUACAGGGACGAUGCAGCGGAUACAGAAUGAAAAGAACAUCCUGGAUGAGCCAGACUCUCCUGUAGAGGUUAGACCUUGCCCAUUUUAUAUUCCAUCUAGAAUUGGGUUAUGUAUUCAAUCAAUUGUUUAUGCAUUGAUCAAUUUCAGAUAA